AUGGGUUUCCUUUACUCUCAGUUUCUCGUCCGCCCCAGCUAUCCCACUCGCUCCUUCGAAGGUGAAACGGUGCUCGUCACCGGCGCCAACGUGGGUCUCGGCCUGGAAGCGACACGGCACAUCGUACGCCUGGGUGCCGCCCGGGUGAUCCUCGGCGUGCGCAAUGUUGAGGCAGGGGAAGCGGCCAAGAAGGAGAUCGAGGCUUCCACUGGACGGUCGGGAGUCUGCGAAGUGUGGAAGGUCGACCUGGCUUCCUACGACUCAGUCUUGGCCUUCAGUGACCGCAUCGCCCAGAUCCCCAGGCUGGACGCGGCAAUCCUCAAUGCAGCCCUAGCAACGGACAAUUUUGAACUGGCGGAGGGCUACGAACGCUCCAUCACCGUCAAUGUUAUCAACACCCUACUUCUCGGUCUUCUUAUUCUCCCCCUGCUGAAAGCGACCAGACAAAGGUUCCCUUCCACGCGACCUCGUCUUGCCUUUGUAGUGAGCGAAGUCCAUGCAUGGGCCGACACGACUGAAAUCGCCGACGAAGGCGAUCGCAUACUCAAGGCUAUUUCCGACCCGACCAAGGCUAAAAUGUCGGGGCGCUACUAUAUAUCCAAACUGCUCGAGGUCCUAUUGGUGCAGGAGCUGGCCAGCCGGGUGCGUGGCUCUGAAGUGAUCAUCACUAUGCUAAAUCCGGGUCUCUGUCAUUCUUCACUGGGCCGUGAGGCUGGUUUAGGGUUCAUGCUCAUGAAGAUCAUUCUGGCACGCUCUACCGAAAUGGGAUCCCGCACUCUGGUCGCCGGUGUGUCCACAGGCCUUGAAGGACACGGCGCCUACAUGACCGAUGGCCAGGUGGAGAACAUGGCCUUGUCGCCAUUCGUACGUAGCGAGGAGGGCAGCCAGACUCGGGCGAAGAUUUGGAACGAGUUAUCGACUAUUUUGGAGGGUGUGCGGCCUGGGAUCAUGGAGAACGCCCAAUAG